AUGACGAACGCUAGUGACGCCGAGGCACGUGCGAUCAAGUGCGAUCGCAAGGAACCGUGUAUGAACUGCACUGACGCCCGAACUGAGUGUCGUCGAAAGCGACCGAGACGAAAGCGUCAGAGAGACCCUCGACUGUCCGAACUUGAGCGCACUGCCGCGUCUGUGACGCAGAGCCAGGGGUCAAUUCCAGCAUUUAAAGCUGGCACAGAGAGUGACCAACAUAGCACAACGUCAUCUGGCAAGCAGAAAGAGGCCAGCGCUAUAGAUUCUCCUAGUGUUGUCGGUGGCCAAGCCGUCUCGGGAUCAGUCACUCCAGAUGCUUUGAAUCAUGCGACCUCAGAGGCCAAGGUAUUCUUACAGCGAGAGCUCGAGUCAAACAAAGAGCUCUCUCUGGAUAGGUACACCGUGUUGGAGUCGGCACAUCGACUGGUUGAUCAAAUAUCCAGUACUGCAAAUUUGCCGAGAUCUGAUCGCCACGAUGGCUCUGAGCUCGAUGUUGAGCCGUUGGCGGAAUUCCCACCCGAGCUAUGCUAUAUGUUGACUAUGGGGCCUACAUUGGAAAACAUGUGUCUUGCUCUGGUGCGAGGGCAGGGUGAUGAAACCACCCUGAAUCAUUACCGAGUUGUGGUAUACACGAAAGCCGUCCUUGUUGUGACCCGAUUACCUGGGACUGAACUGGGUAAACGCGUGCACCUUCAAGAUCUGCUGCGGUCAUCCAAAAGGCAAUACGAGGCCACGGCGCUUGCGGCACUGGCGAAUAUCAAUUUGUUAACUGCCCCAAGUUUAUCCCUGCUACAAGCGCUAUUGUCUGGGGCAACACUCAUGCAAUUCCGGGGAGAUGUGUCCCAAUGCUGGACACUAACAUCGUUUGCAUCAAGAAUAUUGGUAUCGCUGAAUUACCAUACAUUGAAUGGUCUUAGUCCGUCCAGUGACACCGAAUCUCAGAUCCAUGGAGCUAUCUUUACAUGUUAUCAUUUUGAUAAGCUUCUCAGCUCACUCCUUCUCCGGCCCCCAUCCCUCCCAGAACUUAAAGUGAAGCCGGCCGACCUAGUACAGUUGGACCCGCAUACUCCCCUUACUGCCAUUAUGAAAGCCAUUGUUGAGCUCGCACAGAUCCAGGAAGUUACUCUGAGCCUGGCUUUGAAGCCAGAUUUAUCCGAUGAGACAUACCAACGCAAUACCAUCAAUGCGCUAGUCCAAACCAUGUAUAACAUGCAUACAGAGUACCAGAAACAACGGGUCAACCCAUCUUUCAGCCAUAUGGAGUACGAAUGGUUGGCUGUUGACUUCAACUAUUAUACAAUUAUGACUGCCACACUUCGCUCCACGCAGACUGUUCGAGCUCCAUUCGUCCAAAAGGAAUGUCUUUUGUACGCCCGGAAGGCACUUCGAUCACUUCAACUGAUGCAGAAGAACUAUUUUAUUUCUGGCAACUUUCUUGAAAUGUCUACAACGUACCUUACUUGGACUGUACUCUUAUAUCCACUUACACCAUUUUUUGUUCUCUUUUGCAACGUGGUUCAAACGUCUGACCCUGACGACUAUUCAUUGAUGUCUGCCAUAACGGAAGCCCUUCUCUGCUUUGUGGACACACAUCCUCCGACUGCCAAGUUAUACAAACUCUUUUCCACCUUUUUGCAUCUUUGCAGUCCCCUCAUCCGAAAUCAACAUCAAAUGGGCUCGCCACAGCCUCAUUUCAACACCUCCUUUCCCGCGAUGCCUUCCGGUAUUGUGAGUACCACACACCCUUGCCAGGUGAGCCUAGAGGCAAGUAUCGAUCCACAGCAUAAUAUUCCUACUGCUUCGAACUUCGAUCAAAUCCAAGUGGGUGAAUCAGAAGGCCCAAUGCUUGACAAAGUAGCCACGGGGAGUGCAUGGAAUGAUGACAUGUUUCGGGACUUGUUUUACUCCCAGCCAUGGCUGGGAUGGAUGGAGUCAAAUAUCUAG